AUGGAAGAAGAAAGUAAUAUAUUUUUCGGGCAAAAUAAUCAAGACUCAACCAAUGAAUGUAUAUGUGGUGAUAUUGUUAGAAAAUUGUCUAGUGAAAAAAUUGAAACUUCUGAUAGAAAAGCAUUGAUUUUAUCUACUGUUGCUAGAACUGAAAGUUAUCUCAGAGAACGUCGUAUUCCAGAGCUAAUUCGUUUUUUGCUUACAAUGAUUAUUUCUCAUUCGCCAGAUAAGCCAGUAGUUUUUCUUGAAAAAUUGUUAGAUGAUUGCAUGCUUUUUCGAGCUGGGCAUGGAAUACCACCAGUAUUAUUUAAAAACAAGCACUUAGAAGCUGUUAUUAAGAGUUUUGAUCCUGGUCAACGUGGAUGGUUAUCUGCGGGCCAAGUUCAACGUAUAUAUGCAACUUUGGGUUUUACAACGGAAGAAAUUUUUGAAGAAAGAAUACCGUGCAAUUUAGUUUUAAGUAAUUUAAAAAAAACACAAGAAAUUGAAUUGUUACACUUAUUAGAAGCAGGCUUAAUUAAAGACAACAAAAGCGAUGAUCUCAAAUCUGUCAGUCUAGAUAAU